AUGGCGACAGAUCGACCGGAUGAUGACGAGGAGGAGGAAGAGAAGGUAGUCAGGAAAGGCGAAGACGCGAAAGCACACAAGGAACUCAACAAGCUUUCGGGUGACAACGAGGGAGAGAAGGAGGUGGAUACAGGCAAGGCGCAGAAUGCGCUGUCACAGCUGUCGAAUGCCGCGGAGGCUGAGAAGCUAGCGAAGCUGGAGAGAGAAAAGGAACUUGCGAAAGUCAAGAUCGACAAGAAGGAUGUUGAGUUGAUCAUGUCCGAGAUGGAGAUUGAUGAAUCUAGAGCGGAGCGAGUACUGAGAGAACACAACGGCGAACCCGUCAAGGCUCUACAAUAUUUGAUUGAUAGCAAAUGA